AUGAAAGAAAACCAAAAUGAAAGCCCCAAUUCGACGGCGAGUCCAACCAAGAGGCCCAUCCCGCCGUACGUCAAGGCCUUGUCCGGUUCGCUCGGGGGGAUCGUGGAGGCUACGUGUCUGCAGCCCAUCGACGUCAUCAAGACCCGGCUCCAGCUGGACCGGACCGGCGCCUACAAGGGAAUUAUCCACUGCGGCGCCACGGUUUCGCGCACCGAAGGUGUUCGCGCUCUCUGGAAGGGCUUGACCCCCUUUGCCACUCACCUGACCUUGAAGUAUGCGCUUCGGAUGGGCUCCAAUGCGGUGCUUCAGGGCGCGUUCAAGGACGCUGAGACUGGGAAGGUCAGCAAUCACGGGCGGCUCAUUUCUGGGUUUGGAGCUGGAGUUCUUGAAGCUCUUGUUAUCGUUACGCCUUUUGAGGUGGUGAAAAUUAGACUGCAGCAACAGAAGGGAUUGAGUCAUGAUCUUCUAAAGUAUAAGGGUCCUAUUCACUGUGCUCGUACGAUCAUCCGGGAGGAAGGUAUCCUUGGGCUCUGGUCAGGGGCUGCUCCAACUGUUAUGCGCAAUGGGACGAAUCAGGCUGCCAUGUUUACAGCCAAAAAUGCCUUUGACGUUCUCUUGUGGAAGAAACAUGAAGGAGAUGGGAGGGUCCUGCAGCCAUGGCAGUCUAUGAUAUCGGGUUUCCUUGCAGGCACAGCAGGUCCCGUUUGCACGGGUCCCUUUGAUGUUGUGAAAACAAGACUGAUGGCUCAGAGCCGAGGUGUGGAUGGCCAGAUGAAAUACAAAGGCAUGAUCCAUGCUAUCAGGACAAUAUAUGCAGAGGAAGGGCUUCUUGCCUUGUGGAAAGGACUGCUGCCUCGGCUCAUGAGGAUACCACCUGGGCAGGCCAUUAUGUGGACGGUGGCUGACCAAGUAAUAGGAUUGUAUGAGAGACGAUAUCUUCCGAGUGCAACUUUGUAG